AUGGUAAAACCUAUGAAGGAGAUGAAAGAGAGAACAAAGAUGAAGGAUUAUAAUGAGAAUUAUGAAACGCAUAAGGAAUUGUCAGUAACCACUGCCAGAAAUGUAUCAUAUAAAAAGGAGGAGAAGGAGAGAAGAAAGACGAAGGAUUACAACAAAGACCAUGAAAUGAGUGAGGAAUCGUCGGUCGCCGCCGCUGGAAUUAUGUCACCUAAAAAAGAAGAAAAGAGAAAAAUGAAGGAUAAUAAAAAUUGUGAGAAGUUUGAAGAAUCACCGCUUACCACUGCUAAGAUGGUGUCACCUAAGAAGGAGGAGAAGGAGAGAAGAAAGAUGAAAGAUAACAACAAACAUUAUGAAAGGUCUGACGAAUCAUCGGUCACUUCUGAAGAAUCAUCGGCUGUCACUGCUAGAAUGGUAUCACCUAAAAAAGAGGAGGAGAGAAGAAAGAUGGAAGAUUAUAAUAAAGGCUACGAAAAGUAUGAUGUAACAUCAGUUGUCACUGCUGGAAUGGUAUCACUAGUGGCGCAGAAGGGAGAAGGACGAAAGAUGGCGAAAGAUAAAAAUUAUAAAGAAAAAGUUUUAAGUUUGAAGAAGGCUGUUGCGUUUGCUUCAUUGCUAACAUCUGUUGGCAAUGCUAAAACCACUCAAUCCUUAUCAGUAUCAUCGGGAAAUCCAUCGAAAUCAUUGCCGGUGACAAUUCAAAGAAGUAAAAGAAUUGCUGAACAAACCACAUUUUUAGCCAUCAAUGAAACUGAAGUGGAGAAAGGCAAUGAUGAAAAUGAGCUAAAAAUGGGAGUGGAUGAAAGAAAGAGUUGUAUGAGUAAACAAAAGGAUGUUAAUAAUGAUAAUGUUGAUGAUGAUGAUGAAAGUAUAUACUUUUCAACCCGAAGUACGAACGAAAUGCAUAACCAUCAAAUUUCGGAUGAUGAAAGUAUUUAUUUCAUUGUUCCUUAG